CUGUAUCAAGAAAAUUUAAUUAGAGCUAGUUGUUGCCUUGUGGAAAAUGUUCAGACAGUGGACUUACAAUUUCCUGACAGUUUUCUCGUUAACACCUUCUUUCAUAUUACUAUAAAUGUAAGGAAAAUGGCGAUCUUAGACCACACAUUAAGCAAUUAAAGAUGGCAGGUUCCAAGAAACAAAAACAUUUUGUUCUAGUCCACGGUGCAUGCCAUGGAGCUUGGUGCUGGUACAAGUUGAAGCCACGUCUUGAAUCCGCUGGCUACCGUGUCACGGCGCUUGACCUGGCGGCUUCUGGCAUCAACAUGAAGGCAAUUCAAGAAAUUCAGACUUUUGGUGAUUACUCAAAGCCUUUGUUAGAGUUUUUGGCUUCACUCCAAUCAGAUGAAAGGGUUAUACUUGUUGGUCACAGCCUUGGUGGUCUGAAUUUGGCUCUUGCAAUGGAAAAAUUUCCAGAAAAGAUUUCUGUUGCUGUUUUCUUGACUGCUUUCUUGCCGGAUUCAGUCCACCAGCCAUCAUUUGUCCUGCAAAAGUACAAUGAAAGGACCCCAAGUGAGGCAUGGUUGGACACACAAUUCCUGCCCUAUAGCACCUCCUUACCGCAUCUUUCGACAAUGUUUUUCGGCCCCAAAUUCUUAUCCUCCAAGCUCUAUCAGCUGACACCGAUAGAGGAUCUUGAGUUGGCAAAGACUUUGACAAGGCCAUCAUCAUUGUUUCAACAUGAUUUGUCAAUGGCAAAAAAAUUCUCAAGUGAAGGAUAUGGAUCUGUUAAAAAAGUGUAUAUUAGAUGCGAAGAAGACAAGGCAAUACCUAAAGAAUUUCAAGAAUGGAUGAUUGAAAAUAAUCCUGUUGAAGAAGUGAUCAAGAUGGAAGGAGUAGAUCACAUGCCCAUGUUUUGCAAACCACAGCAACUGUGUAACAGUCUCUCUCAAAUUGCUGAUAAACAUGCGUAAAAAUAUUUAGAGAGCCUUUGUUUAAUAUUAUUAUAUGCUAAUACUAUUAAAUAUUAAUUAGGGUCAUUAUAAUAAAACAUUGUGUUGUUAUCAUUAGACAUUGUUAUCAUAAAAUAUCGUGUUGGUAUCAUUAGAUAUUGUUGUUAAUUAAUUUAAAUUUUAAUCAGCCAAAUU